AUGUCUACUAAAUCUGUUACUUUCAAUAAUAUUGUUAAAGAGCUCAAAUUUGAAUAUGAAAAAAAUCUUGUAAAAAAUCAAGAUUUUGAAUUUAAAGAAAAUAAUGAAAUGCGAAAUGAAAUUAAAAGAUUACAAAAAGAAAAUCAAGAAUUACAAGAAAAAAUUAAAGUUGAUUCGCAAAUUCUUGCUAAUUGCCAAUAUGAAAAUUCAACAUUAAAUGAUGAAAAAAAUAAAGUAGAAAAAUUACAAAUACAAAUUAAAGAUUUACAAGAAGAAAUUAAUAUUUGUGAAUGGGAAAAGAGUGAAUAUGAAAAAAACAUUAAUCAUAAUUAUGAAGUUCUUAGUCAAUACCAAAACGAAAAUUCGAUAUUGUUUAAUGAAAAUAAAGAAUUACGACAAAGAAUUAAAAAUUUAGAAGAACAAGAAUCUAAAAAUGGAAAUUCAAAAGAAUUAAUUAAUCAAAACAUUGAAAUUUAUGAACAUCGAAUUAGAGAUAUAACACAAGCAUUUAAUAAUAGUAUAGAUCAAAUUAGAUAUGAAAAAGAAUAUUCCGAAAUAAAAUGUAAAGAAUGGGCAGAUUAUUUUUCAUUUAUUAGUAAUUUUACAGAUUUUGAUUUUUUUGAACAUAUUGAUUUAUUUGAUAAAUAUAAAACUUAUGAAAAUUAUUGUAAUGAUUUUAAUAAUCAAAAUAUUAAUAACAUUGAAGAAAAUGACAAUAAUAUUAAAAAUGAUAAAGAAUUUAAUGAAUUUAUUUAUUAUAAUAAUUAG